AUCAGGAGAGAUAAACCGCACUAGACCGAAGAGUGGUCUACCGUAACGACCUUCAGCAAAAAGAAAAUGGCAUUGAAUUGUAGGCUUCCUAACGUUCUACGUCUUGUAGGAAUUCGCUGCAUGAGUGGAAUGGGAGAGUGGGGUUCCGGUGCUGGGAAGGGAGGUGGUACAGGUGGAAGUGUUCGUGACGCAGGUGGUGCCUUUGGAAAGAUGGAGGCAGCUCAUGAAGAAUUGUACUUCAAGAAACUGGCAGCAUUGCAGUUGCAGAAAUUAAGGGAACACAUGACAGAAGAGAUAGCAAAUCAUGAGAAAGCCAUUCGUGAUCACCAGGAAGCAAUUGAGCGACACAAGAGAAAGAUACAGGUCUUGCAGCGUGAUGAGUUGGAAACUUCUCGAAAAGACCAGUAACGUGUGGCACAUCAAGCCAGCUCUACACUGCUUCUUGUAUCUGUUAGAUUAUGUUUAGUAGACUUAUUUUACAAGAUGAGAGUGAAACAAUUAGCUUGCCACCUUGUGUAUAUGUUGUCUAACGAUUUCAGAAAUCAAAGGGUUGAGCUUGGCUACUUGGCAGAAAAUGUUAGCUACUGCCCUCUUUGCACUAAAAUAUGAAUGAAUGUAAUGAACUGCAUUGUAUGAUUUGCAGAAUCUUGAAUAAAGAACGCAUUGACAUCCCUUAAAA